UUGAAAUUAUUAUCCCCUAGAAAAUGGCCAACAUGUCCAAAAAGUGGAGGGCAUCAUGAUUUAUAAACAAAAUCCAGGAGAAGUAGACAUUUGAAUUUUCUGAUUAAUUAUGCAGAGAUUCUGAUGAUCUCGAGAAACAUAAUUGAAUGAAGUGUAAGUUAAAAUGAGAGUGAGAACUUGUGGAAUUUGUUGCCUCCUCUUGUCCCUGAUUUUGGAAGGAUCUGAUGGGCUGAUUGAUCCCAUCACUGGAGGAGCUGUAGCUGGACUGACAAGUCUCCUUUAUUACGGUUAUCAUCACUACAAAUCAAAGUGCGAUCGUGAGGAAUGCUGCGAGGGAAGAUACGUCGAGAAAAAUAUUCCUCGGUUACGUAGGGAGCUGAGUAAUCACCUGUUUGGCCAGCACAUUGCUGCAAAAACAGUGCUAAGUGCCUUGGCAGCUCAUACAGCUGUUUAUUCCCCGAAGAAACCCCUGACGAUGAGUUUCCACGGUCUACCAGGGAGUGGGAAAAAUUACGUCGCUCAAAUGAUCACUUCUGCUUACUUCAAGAAAGGAACGAACAGCAAAUACUAUCAUUUCUUCAAUGGAAGGACUGAAUUCCCCUUAGCGAGUCGAUUGGAGAUCUAUCAGGAAGACUUGAAGGAGAGAAUUUACGAGGCUCUGAAGGAUUGUCCAGACUCUUUGUUCAUCUUCGAUGAAGUUGACAUGAUGACUCCUGGAGUUUUUAAUGCCCUAGUGCCCUUCCUGGACUACGGCAACGGAUUCGUCCACUUCGAUGGACGACAGAGAGAAAUUGAGAAAAAUCGCGCUGUCUAUAUUUUUCUUUCCAACACCGGAAGUCAGGAAAUUGUCAAGACGUUGACGGAGCUGUGGCAGCAGGGGAGGAGCAGAAAUGAAAUGACACUCAGUGAUUUUGAGAAUCUCAUAUCGGUUGGUGCCUUCAACGAGAAGGGAGGCUUCCACAAGAGUGACGCCAUCAGGACUAGCUUAAUCGAUCACUACGUGCCAUUUUUACCUCUCGAGGAGGAGCACGUGAUCAACUGUGUCAAGGCUGCAUUUGCCAAUUGGCAGAGGGAUCCAACUCCGGAGAUGAUCCAGGAGGCGAUGUCCUACGUCACUUAUGGCCCUCCACCUCACAAUCUCUACGCCAAGAGUGGAUGCAAAAGAAUUGAGCAAAAAGUCAAUUCUAUUGUUUAUCAUCGUGAUUUCUAAUUUGAAUCUUGAGAUUUCUCUAUUAAAUUGAAUUGAAAAACUUCAAUUAUAAUUUGGAUAAUAAUAAUAAUAAUAGCAGAUCAUUAUUUUAUAACAGAAAUUAUUAAAAAAGUUUUUUCAAUUGAAUUUUCUGGAGAGAGAGUUUUUGUUUUGCAGAAGAAGAGAUUGUAAAUCCUCAUUUUAAACAAUUAAUUUUUUAUACAGGAAUUAAUCAAUCGUGAAUGAUUCUCGAGAUAAAACUCCAUUUGUGAUUGAGAAAUAAAAUAGUGUACUUUUUUAAUAUGUACAUAAAAUUUAUAUCUAUGUAUAUAAUUCAUUGACUUAACUGAUUUCUUAUUGGCACAAUCGGAAAACAUUUUUUUACGAUGUUUAAAACCAAGUUAUUGAGGCGAAUAACACUGGGCACCUGGCAAAAUUCAGCAAUUGAUUUUAGGCAUUUUGCGUGAAUUCAAUUUAUCCCACGAUAUCAAAAUAAUCUAUCACUUUGAGUUAACUGAGACAAAUAUCUAAUUUAAAAUUACAGAGUGAAACAAUAAUUUCACGUUAAAAUUGCAUAUUAAAAUCAUCAUAGAAACAAUAAAAAUUCGUAAUGUAAAAAUUCCGUCACUUCGAAUUAACUAAUAUAAAGAUCUAAGUAAAAGUUACACAGUGAAACAAUGAUUCCACGUUAAAAUUCCAUCUUAAAAUCAUCAUAGAAACAAUAAAAAUAUCAUCGAUAAUUAUUAAAGUCCAGGGACUAGUUGAAUUCUCCUGCAGUCAGGAAAAUUCAUUCUCUCUGGAUCUCUUUGGAUUUGAUACAUCAUACAAGUUUUAAUUUCCAAGGAUGUACAGGAAGAACAAUAAAAAGUUUUUACUAAUUAAAAAUCUA